GCAUUAAUAAAACAGCCAGCGUGGCGGAUCACACUCACUGACUGAACCUACCCCUGCCCCUCGACCAGACUGGACCAGUCUGGAACAAGCCAACGACACGUUCCCCAAUCUCCUUUCAGACGCAACGACAACCAAUUCAAAUCAAACCUCAUUUGUCUCUGGCAUUCUUUGUUGCGCAUCUACCGUUUAACUUAGCUCUCUCUAGCCUUUUUCUCCAUUUAGUACCACUCCGAGGCUUCGCGACACUUUAAUUCUCUCUUACACAUCACACUCUGGACCAACUUCUUCGAUUCGAAUCGCCAAAAAGUACUCCUUUCUAAUUAUCCUGCUAUUCGUUCGUCCGCGUCACCCCUCGACGUUCCGUUUCGCCUGCGCUGCCAACCGAGACCUGAUCCGGACCCUUCCACAUCGACGUUCGACAUUCGCAACUCGACACAUCUACAGUGAAACACAAGUCGCAUAGGUGGCAUAUUUAUCGCUGCUAUCUAUCACAUCGAUCCCCGACUCUUUUCGAGACACGAAGCCGCGCUGGCCGCAGUCUGACAUCUCGGCUUUUAUCCUUAACCCCUCUUAAUUUGGCCACAUGGCUGUUGCAUCUAUUCAAGACCGAACCUCUGAGUUCAAGUCGGUACUCGCCCAGACACAGCGAAAACAAUCUUCCUCAAAAGUCAGCUCUCAGCGCCGGUCUCUAUUGACUGAUGCGCAAAAAGAUGCCGCCAACGGCCAUGCUGGAGGUCCCCCAAGACGAUCCGAGUUCGCCCGGAAGGCUGCUGAAAUUGGACGUGGCAUCUCUGCGACUAUGGGCAAGUUGGAAAAGCUAGCUCAAUUGGCGAAGCGACGAACACUUUUCGACGACCGUCCUGUGGAAAUCAACGAGCUUACUUUCGUCAUCAAGCAAGAUCUCUCGUCUCUGAACCAGCAAAUUGGAGCUCUUCAAACACUCACCAAGCAACAGCACCCCAAGGCCGAUCAGGAGGGCGAGCACAACAAGAACGUUGUCUACCUACUACAAGGCAAGCUCACCGACGUCUCGGUCAACUUCAAGGAAGUUCUUGAGGCCAGAACCAAGAACAUCCAGGCAUCGCGAUCAAGAACAGAGAACUUCAUCUCCUCCGUGUCGCAACAUGCUCAACCAUCAAUUCAACAGUCGGCUUCUCCUCUCUACGGAACACCAGCUCGCAACUCACCCGCACCAGGAGCUCAAGAUACCCUGUCUCUCAACCCCGUUGGCGAUCAACAGCUGCUGAUGAUGGAAGAGGCACAGCCCUCCAACACAUAUAUCCAACAACGAGGCGAAGCGAUUGAAGCUAUCGAGAAGACCAUUGGUGAGCUUGGCAGCAUUUUUGGACAACUAGCUACCAUGGUUUCGGAACAAAGCGAGAUGAUCCAGCGCAUUGACGCCAACACAGAAGAUGUGGUCGAUAAUGUUGAAGGAGCACAGCGAGAGCUUCUCAAGUACUGGAACCGAGUAUCAAGCAACAGGAUGUUGAUUGCCAAGAUGUUUGGAACGCUAAUGAUUUUCUUCCUGUAAGUUCACCUUUUGCCUCCAGGACACCAGCAAGGCUACAUUCAAGGAUAUCCAGCAGUUACUAACAAAAUUUAGGAUCUGGGUUCUUGUUUCGGGCUAAACCUAGACGACGAAACGCAACACAAGACACGAGAAAAAGAGGCGGGCGCGGAAAACUUGGACCAAGGAAGGGAGUUUACGGCACAUGUUUUGUUGUAACGGGGUACUAUUCGAUAGGUGCACUUCUUUUCCAUAUGUACGUAUGUUUGUACCUUAUACUUUGUAGUCGUUUUUUUCUUUAGAGAUGGAUUGGAACGACGUGGCAUAGAGGGAAAGGGUCUUGCAGGAAGACUCUCGUCGAUGGCUCAUGUUGGGGGUUUCGGGAUUAAUAAUGAAUCAGUAGAUCCUCAAUGGCAUAGACUUACAUAUUGAGUGACAAAGUAUCAGGCAUUUCCGUGAAUAGAGUGGAAUUGUUUAUGAUUGGUCUCAUGGCUUUGGCAGUUGGCUUCAGAAGCAACCCCCACGUUGACGGGAUUGAUAUAUCACGGCCAGGAUAUGAGAUAUAGCCGAUAUAGCAUCAUCAGCACAGGAUAUAUAAAGAGGCAGAGUCGGCCAUCGGCCCUUUAAAUUUUCCUACA